AGUACACUUAUUUGACAGCUACACUUUGCAGAGAAACAUUUGACAUGUUCCACAACUACGCGUUACUUUUAUAAAACAUGAAGCAUUUUAAAGAGUGAACAAUGAUACCCAACAAUACAUAGGACGUGUUAAAUUGCUUUCAACUGCACAGCAUGCUACAUUUAAAUACAGCUCACAUAUUUAUGAAUCAGUGUCAAUAAUCCAACAGAAUAAAAUAUUAUAUUGAACUUUGAAAUGAGGCAAUCUGCAUGAUACAUACUUAUUUUAUAGUUUUUGUAUUACUAAUACGUCUGAACCAGUAAAGACACUCAGGUUCAGACUCACAACGCAGCUGCGGCGCCGCCUGCAGGGCAGUGAUGCUCAGUCCCACACCGACAUGGCUGCUGCUGUCAGGAUGGGGACGUGGAGCUGUCCGACCAGAGGAGUCCUCUACCUCUGGGCAGUCCUCUUUAUACUUUCACUCGGUGCUAUACAUGCAGUCAACGCAGCACCGGAGACCGGGCUUUGGAAAAUCACAGUUUUUAAUACCUCAAGACCACUGCUGUUAAGAAAAUCCAUGUAUAAAAACACAGACAUUGAAUUGAAAGUUGUGCGUUUUGGCUGUCCUGAGGACAUGACCUUCUCUAUUCACUGGUAUUUAAAAUACUACCCCUGUCACAAUGAAUUCAACAAUAUUGAAGAAAUGUAUGGGAGAACACCUCUGAGUCGUGGGGAGGGCCUGGAUCCAAAUCCUCUCGGACAAGGGGAGUUCAUCGAACACAAACACGGCCCCGUACAAUGUAGCAAUGCGCUGCACUCCUUCCCAAUGCUCAAAAAAGCCAAGGCAGAUGCACGUACAGUCAGUCCACCGGUUGAGAGUGAAGUGCCUGAAGAAAAUGACUCCAAAUGGAUUACUGAGGAGUUCGACAGCAGCAGCAACUCCAGCAGCAGCGUGAAUAUCCAAGACAACGUCAUAGCCACAACGUGGAAGGACGGGCCCUACUUACUGGUUGUAAAAAUUGUGUCCAGUAAACAGGAUGCCAAUUGGAAUUUAACAGUUGAUGUGGUGAUGAAAGGCAGCCAUGGCUACAUUUCUAUCACCGAAUGGCCUCUCAUGAUUUUCUACAUGGUGAUGUGCAUAGUGUACAUCUUCUACGCCCUGCUGUGGUUUAUCUGGGCAGCGUGCUACUGGAAGGAUCUGCUGAGGAUCCAGUUUUGGAUAGCGGGGGUCAUAUUCCUCGGCAUGGUGGAAAAAGCUGUCUUCUGUGCGGAAUAUGAAAAUACUAAUACUGUAGGCUCUGCUUCUCCAGGCUUGUUGAUCUUUGCCGAGCUGGUUUCUGCCCUCAAGAGGAUCUUGGCUCGAUUGCUCGUCAUCAUCGUCAGCCUUGGCUAUGGCAUUGUGAAGCCUCGCCUGGGACAAGUGAUGCACCGGGUAGUGGGCCUUGGAAUCCUCUACUUUGCCUUCGCUAGCAUUGAAGGUGUCCUGAGGAUUACUGGGGCGAAGGACUCUGACUUGGCCCUGCUGGCCAACAUUCCCUUGGCUCUGCUUGACUCCUCUCUCUGCUGGUGGAUCUUUGUCAGCCUGGCACAAACCAUCAAGACUCUGAAGCUGAGGAAAAACCCUGUCAAGUUGUCUCUGUACAGGCACUUUACUAACACACUUGUAUUUGCUGUCAUUGCUUCCAUCAUUUUCAUGGGUUGGAUAGCAAAGAAAUUUCGGUUUACAGAUUGCCAAUCUGACUGGAUUGAGCUGUGGGUAGAAGAUGCUUUCUGGAGGUUCUUGUUCUCCGUCAUCCUGUUCGUCAUAAUGUUUUUAUGGAGACCGUCUGCAAACAACCAAAGGUAUGCGUUCACACCUCUCAUUGAUGACUCUGACGAUGAGGAGAUUGAGGAAUUCAUCGCCUCUUCCAACAUUGCUGAUGGCAUCAAAUUGAGAUCAUCUAAAAGUGAGACAAAUGGCUCAGUGAAACCUGCCGAAAUAAACCCAGAGGAAGACUUGAAGUGGGUGGAGGAUAACAUUCCGAGCUCUUUCACGGAUGUAGCUCUACCAAUCCUGCUCGACUCAGACGAGGAAAUCAUGACGACCAGAUAUGAGAUAUCAAAGCUGGAGUAAAAAAGAUUUCCAGGCGUGGAGGGAGAAGAAGGCAGCUGUCCCUGACUGCAGCAGGGCUUUCUCCAGGAUCCCCAGUCGGGUGGUGGUGGUGGUGGUGGUGGUGGUGGUGGUGGACGAGUGCCGUUUAGUUCUUUUAGGGCCUCUUCCCAUGCGGCUUCUGCUUGGCGGGCUGGUUUGGGUCACAAUUUCAACUUCUCGAGAGCAAAGGACUCUACCAGAGGAACAUUGUCUUUUCACUGACCAACUGGCUCACUAUUUCACCGGUUCGGAUCCGCCUCGAGCCUUUCUUUCCAAAGAUAAUGUUUUUCAUGUUCUAUUAAGUACUGUAUUCGUUUCGCUUAUGUUAAUGAUUUAUUUUAUCAGAGAAUUAUGAACCGUGGGCCUGAUGCAUGAACAUACCCUCACAUUAACAUUCAGUGUCUUUUUGCGGGUAUCUGGACGUUAUUGGUUGGUUGUAAUAAAACGAGAUGCUUAUUUAUAAUGAGGAAAUAAGUCGAAAACAUUAUUUUCUCACUAACACCAAGAAUGGCUUAUCUGAGAUAUUUUUGCAGCCAUAGGAGGGCAGCACAAUUUAACUUGCAUUUGUUUCUUUAUUAACCACAAACAGGAUUUUUUUCUUUUAUAUCGAAAUAUCUCAAGCACACUUAUUUGUUGCCAACAUUAAGAGCCGAGAUGAGAAACAAAUUCACAUACUUUAGAUAAAACAUUUUGCUCAUGCACUUUGAAGUUCAAAUCUUUGCCGACAUGUAGUUCUUGUACGAGGCCUGAACUGUUCCGGGAGUUGAGAACGAUAUGAAUGAAUGUGUUGUUCAUGUCUCUGUGUGACGGGGAAGAAGCACAAACUGGAUUUUUAAUGCAAGUAGAUUCAGAAAUGUAGAAUUGGGGUUUUGCAGCCAUGUUUUGAAUCUGGAUGGGCAGGUUUUAUGUGAAAUAGGGAGCAAUGUCCUGUAUGUUAAUAUGGAGUUAAAUAAUGUCAUUAUUUAUUUGUAGUUCAAGUGUACUUAAGUUGUUAAACUCCGGUGUGUUUACAACGUGUGCUUCCAUGUUGAUGCAUUUGGACCCUGAACACUUUCACGACGUGUUUGUCCAACAGCAGCGUGUGUUGUAUUGCUUUACAUUGUUUGCGUUCUUUGCUGGUUAAACAAAUACAUGUGGUGGUUUCGCAGACUCCCGGAACACAUUCAUGUUUUGUCAAAUAAGUCUUCACUUUUAUUUAUUCUCUUUAAUUAGCUGCCCUGGUGUUUUUGUCGGUGUGGUUUUGGAGUUGGACCUCUGUCGUCAUCUUCAUGUGUGUUGUUUUGAGUAAAUGUAACGGCACGGCUUCCCAUAUGAUGACAACUUGGAUAAGUUAUGGUUAGCAUAAGCACAAGUGGAUCACUUGGGACUGAUUAUGCUGUUCUGGUCUUGGUUGGAAACCUUGACUGAUUGUGCUUCUAGAGGCCAGCUGUCCUUCUGUUGUGUAAAGCUGCAGACACUUGCAGUGGACUGCUGUUAUUUGUACAGAUGGGUCUUGGCUGAUUCCUGUUAUUGCAUAAUUCCACAGGUAGAGCGCGGUCUGGAUAAUAUGACUCGUCUUUUUUGGUUUCCUCUCAUGGGAGUCACAAAGAACUGGGCUUAAACCUUUCAUACCAGCAGUUUUCUUCACUCUUCCUUCUCAGAAAGUGUUUCCACUCAUAAAAUAUUCAUCCUACACAGGACACUGUUUGUUUCUUGGUCUAUGGUUUUCAGUAUUAAUUUGGAAAUAAAAAUGCAUAUUUUAA